UUCUGCACCUUCUAACUCAUUUUCACGUGAUAACGUCUAUUCAAACUAUUAUUUGAUUAAAAAGUAAAUAAAAUUACCUAAAAAAGAUCACCAACACAAAUACACCUCUCAACAAAAUUAUGCUGAAGUUCUUUCGUUUGCUUCCUCGCUUCACAGUAGCUCGCCCGCUUUCAAGAGCGAUUUGCUUCAGCAAGAUGAGCACAUCACGUGAACCGUUGUGUCCCAAGUUCAUUCCUAUAGAUUCAAUUAGCAAACCUGAAGGUUUCAAGUUCAGUAUUGUGUCGUAUAACAUUUUGGCUCAGGUUUAUGUAAAGAGUGCUUUAUUUCCACACUCUCCGCCGCCGUGUCUCAAGAAUCAAAGAACAUGAACUGCACACUCUUUCCUUGAAAGGAAGCAUGGGGACUAUUUUGGGACUGAAGAAAGAAAGUGGAAAGCCAGAUCUCAGGCAACACUGGCCGUUCUAAAAGGACUGGGGGCUGAUAUUUUUUGCUUACAGGAACUGGAUGAGUAUGAUAGCUUCUAUAAGAAAAAUAUUGAAAGUUUUGGUUAUUCAAGUAUAUACGUUCAAAGAGGUGGGCAGAAGCGCGAUGGAUGUGGAAUAUUUUAUAAGCCCGGAAGUGCAGAGUUGAUUAUUGAAGAAAAAAUAUAUUACAAUGAUCUCAUUUGUUCAACAAUUCAAGAUGAAACUGCAAGCCCGAAGACCAAUGAUGAUCUACCCGCCAGUGGAAAUAAAAGUGUUGAUUCAACAAAUGAUUCAGAGUUGAAAAGCACUCAAACAGAUCGUGGAGAUCCUAACGAUCCUCGCAUCAGACUAAAACGUGAUUGUGUUGGUAUUAUGGCCGCCUUCAAGCUCAAGGAUCCUUCUGGUCAUCACAUCAUUGUUGCAAACACCCACAUUUACUGGGAUCCAGAAUGGGUGGAUGUGAAGCUUGCACAAGCUGGAUAUUUGCUAUCUCGCUUGUUUCAAUUCAAGACCAGAGUGUCAGAGCAAUUUGGCUGCUCACCUUCUAUAAUAGUUGCGGGAGACUUCAAUUCUAUUCCUGGGGAUCAAGUAUACACCUCUUUGAUGGGAUCUCAUCAAGAAACCCCAGAUGAGACGAGGGUUCCACUGUGUAGUGUAUAUGCAUACACCAGAGGCGAACCACAUUUCACGAACUGCACCCCAGGUUUUACAGGAACCCUUGACUACAUAUUAUUUUCGCCUUCCGGGGUUUUAAAACCAGUGAGCUACCUUGAGCUCCCGGAGCCAGAAUCAUCUGAUGUACAAGGUGGAUUGCCCAAUUACUACCAUCCAAGUGAUCAUCUCCCCAUUGGUGCUGAAUUCCAUGUCCAUCAAUAGCACAUCCGUUUGGCAUUUCCCCACGGUUAGCUUCGACAUACUAAUACUCCCUCUGUCCCUUUUUAAUCCUCCUGGUUGCUUUUUACACGGAGUUUUAAAAAGGUGAAAAUGUAUGGUUGAAAGUUGAAACUUGAAAGUUGUUUAGAGAAGAGGGAAUUGGUGUGAACCUAACAAUUAUUUGUUUAAAAGGAGAUGUAAAGAUUAUUUAGGGACAACAAAAAAAAGUGAGAAGAUAAAGAAGGAACAGAUGGAGUAGGUAACUAGGUCCCUCAAUUCUUGUGUAUUGAUUUUUUUAUGGUCCUUGCAUUGCUAUAAAGAAUCUUGUCCAUU